AUGGUGAAGUUGUUGAGGUUGAAAAAUCUGAAUCCAGUGGUUCAUGAAUCUACUAUUGAGUUUUCUAGUGGCUUUGAAAUAGAACCAAAAGCUAAUAAUGAGGAAGAGUGUAGACAGGGCAAAUCUAAAAGAGUAUGGGUGCAGAAGGCUAAGCAAGUGCAGCCAGAUGCUACAUUGCAUACUACUACAAGUCCAGUGGUAGAUCCAGAAGGGUUUCAAAGAUCUCUAAGACCUAUUAGAGUCAGAACAUCUCCAAGAGAACCAAUAAGAACCUCCAAUGUAUUUCAGAUUCUUGAUACUAGACUGAAUGGAGAUGCAGGAGAAGGGGGGACCCUUCCCACUCUCAUGGAUAGAAUAGCUGCUUGGAAUGUCAGAGGCCUUAACUCACUUCAGAAGCAGAAUGAAGUUAAACACUUCAUUCAGAAUUAUGAGGUGGGGUUGGUGGGGCUUCUGGAGCAUAAGGUGAAGCUGCCUGAUUUGGGUAAGCUUUAUCAGAAAGUUUUUGCAAAACGGUGUUUCACCAGUAAUGCUAGCUAUCACCAUGGUGGUAGAAUAGUUGUUGCUUGGAAGGCUGGUAGUUUCAAUGUCAAUAUAGUUGCUGCAUCUAGUCAAUUUUUUCAUUGUCACAUUACUCCAGUUAGUGGUAUGCCUGCUUUUUUCUGUACCUUCAUUUAUGAUCAUAAUGAAGCUGGGUUGAGACAGGAUCUAUGGAGAGAUUUAAAUCUGAUUCAUACUGUUGCCCCUUGGAUUCUAUGUGGGGAUUUUAAUUGUGUCAUGGCCCAUGAGGAAAGGAUAGGUGCCCCUGUUAAGCAAUGUGAUAUUGUGGAUAUGUGUGGGUGUAUGCAUAGUUGUGGUAUGGAGGACUUGAAGAGUGUAGGUUUGCUUACUGUUUAUCCUAGAGUAAAUGGAGGAAAGAAGCCUUUUAAAUACUUUACUAUGUGGAAAUCAUCUCCAGUGUUUUCUGAUACUGUUAAGACAGCUUGGAACACUCAGAUUGGGGGGAGUAAAAUGUUUACAGUUGUUAGCAAGUUAAAAAAAGUUAAGUUUUCCCUCAAGGAAUUGAACAAGAUUGGUUUUACUGAUGUGCAUGCUGCUGAUUUGAAAGAUCACAAUGAGCUCAUAGAAGCUCAAGAAGCUAUGCAUAAAGAUCCCACUAAUCUGGAACUAGCUGAUGCUGAGUUGAGAGCUAUUCAGGAGUACAAAGGAAAGCAUAAGAUAUAUUUAGAGUUUUUGAGUCAAAAAGCUAAAGUAGCAUGGCUAAAAGAUGGGGAUGAAAACACUGCUUUGUUUCAUCAGAGUAUCAGAAGCAGAAAUUUGAAAAAUCAAAUUUACAGUAUUCAUGAUAUAGGAGGUGUAUGGAAGGAUAAUCCUACUAAGGUUGCUGAUGCCUUUCUAGAUUAUUACAAGCAGCUUUUGGGGAGAAAACAUGAGUCUAGAACUCCAGUUUUGAAAGAGGUGGUGCAGUUAGGUCAUGUGUGUCAAGCUCAUCACAAAGCAAUUCUGAAUGCAAGUUACACUGCAGAAGAAGUUAGGGCUGCUCUUUUUUCUAUUCCAGGAGCCAAGGCACCUGGUCCAGAUGGUUUUGGUUCUCAUUUUUAUAAAGACUCUUGGCACAUUGUUGGUGAUGAAGUGGUUGCUGCUGUUCUUGAUAUGCUGCAGCAUGGAAAGAUUUUGAAGGAGUUGAACCAUACAGUGAUUACUUUAAUCCCAAAAACCAAAUGCCCCAAAGAUGUGACUGAAUUUAGACCUAUUUCUUGUUGUAACACACUUUAA